AAAAGUAGAAAUUGAUGAACUUUGCAUUUUCCUGGCUGUUGCAAACCACCUGAACUUGACUAAAGACAAUAAUAAGUACACCAUGAGCCGGCCCGUUAGACACCACACUCACCCUUUGACAGUAGUGCUUGAAAUGAAAAUCUAUGCCAUCUUAGAUAUGAGGGAAAUUGACCAGACUUUAAUUUCUUACAUUUGGGUUUCUUUGAAAUGGAAAAAUGAGUACAUUUGGUGGGACCCAUAUCAGUUCUGUGGACUUAAAUACAUAACUGUCCCUACCGGAUAUUUGUGGAUACCAGACAUAACAAUUGAAGAGAUGACAGAGAAGGACAAAGCUACUCCGAGUCCCUAUCUCAGCAUUAGCUCAGCUGGCUGGGUUGAAUUCAGAAAUGACCAGGUUGUGCUAAGCACCUGCAAAAUGCAUGUUUACAAAUUUCCCUUUGAUAUUCAGAGCUGCAACCUUUCGUUCAAGUCUAUCCUGCACACUGAUGAAGAUAUACAGUUACACUACCAGGAAAACAACACUUUGAUCACACGGUUGUCUCGGGAAGUGAUGCACACACAGUACGAGUGGCUGUUCAUCAACAUGAUAGUCACCAACAAAACCAACCGCUUGAACUUCAACCAAACUUCUGUUGUUUAUACUCUCAGGAGUCUCAAAUGGUUGGACCUAAAGGAUAACCCACUGGAGCUUGGCCUGGCCAAGGCAGCAGGAGACUGUCUGGAUGAGAAACAGUGCAAACAGUGCGCCACUAAGGUUCUGCAGCACAUGAGAGCCAUUCAGGAGGAGGUCGAUCAUGCUCGAGAGAAACGACUUUUAAGAGAAAAAGAGCUGGAGAGGAAGAGGGAGGCGAAGCAGAGGGAGCGGGAGGCCAGAGAGAGGGAGGCUCGCAAACGGGAAAAGGCAGAGGAGAAGGAGAAGAGGAGGAAAGAGUACAAUGCUCAGAAGGCAGCACUGGCUGCACAAGAGCAACAGAAGAAGAAAAGUGAGGAGAAGAAGAAGAAGAACGGACAGGCAGCAGCAGAUAAAAAGGUCGCUGUGGAGUCUAAGCCUAAACCUCGCCGUUCUGUCAUUGGUCUGAUCUUCAAGCUCCUCCUCCUGCUGCUCGUGGGAUUGGCCGGAGUCGCCGCUGUCUGUCGCCUGACUGACCUGCAAAAGGAAGCUUUCUGUCUGCCGAUAAACGCCGCAGUGGACGACGGCCUAUCCUGGGCCAAAGAGCAGCAGAUUGUGCUCAGACAGCUGGUGCAGAAUCUGUCGACUGCAGCGAAAGAGUUUCUCGAAUCCACACAAACAUCUAAGAACUAA